GCUGCUGUGUAUGUUGUAACUGCAGUGCGAAACUGCACCACUUUCAUUGGUAUUUAAUGUUUAUUUUAAGUUUGUAUCGGGAUGAAAAGGACGCUGGUGUGUUAUAGAUGUGUUUAUGAACGUUUCUGCGUGGUGUUUGGAUGAUUUACAGGGUUUUUGCAGCUCUGAUCAGAUUAUGGCGCCCUCUAAGAUGAAGUUGCGUGUGAAGAAGAAAGACAGUUGUGGCAAAUCUUCUCAGCGUUUAUUGGCUAAUGCUUCUCCAGACUCCAAAUGCCCCAUCUGUCUCGACGGCUUCAAAAACAUGGCAUCGCUGGACCGCUGCCUGCACCGCUUCUGUUUCCGCUGCAUCCAAGAGUGGUCUAAGAACAAAGCGGAGUGUCCGCUCUGCAAGCAACCGUUUCACUCCAUAUUCCACUCUGUCAAAGGUGAAAACGAUUUUAAGGAGUUUGUCCUGCGGCCAGCGGAGAAUUUAGCUCCAAAUGACGGCACAUCUGGACGUGUGCUCCGCCCACGAGUGCUCCGAGGUAGAGAGAGGCGGAGCCGUAGGUCGCAACAGCCAGCCCGCUCCUCUCCCCCUCCAGUAGAUGAUGACGUGAUGUUUGGCGGUUUGACUGAUGCAGCAGCGUUUACAGACAACCAAGACAUGGAGCAAAUGGUGAUACGACUGAGAGCACGCCGACGGGGGCGGGGCGAGGGCCAGAGCCAGAGCCUGAGGCGUUUGCGAGACCAGGAUGUGGUGGCGUUCCGGCGUGCACUUUACAGGACUGGUGUACGUGUGCGGAACACAAGAGACGCGGGCAGGCAGAGGGAAGUUUCGGCCGCGUACUUGCGGCAGAAUCCCACGUGUUUGCACCGGCUAUUGCCGUGGCUGCAACGUGAGCUGACGGUGUUGUACGGUUCGCACGGCUCGCUGGUGAACAUCGUGCAGCACAUCAUCAUGUCACGUAUCACAAACUACAACAUGGAGGAAUCGGCCAUCCGGGACGAGCUCCGCCCCUUCCUGCUGGCACGCACUGACCACUUCCUGCAUGAGCUGGUGAGUUUUGCCCGCUCGACCCUCAGCAUGGAGGCGUAUGACCAACAGGCCGUCUACGAUUGCCCCGCCCCCAGUUACGAGGAGGGAAGCAGCUCCGACGACUCUGUAAUCGCCAUCUCUGAGGAUGAAGAUGAUGACAAUAAUGACAGUGAGGACAAUGUCAUGGAGAAUCCCUCGAUUGUCCAGGAACUUCUGUCCAUUCCCACUGCAAGUGGCGCGGAGAGUUUGCUGAGCCAGUCUGGGUGGGAUGACGAAAUGCCUGGUCCCUCCUACUCGACCCUCUUCCCCUUCUCCAGCCUAUCGCAGGAUGAAGGGGUGGAGCCAAGCUCAAGCACAGACCUAGUCCUAACUACCAUGAAAAUGACUGACCCUGCCGCGAGUGCCAGCGUGUCAGCCAGACCGAGUGAAGAUGACGAGGAAGAGUGCCUGAUUGUGGGAUAUGUGAAGCCCAUGGCCGAGCGGACACCCGAGCUUGUUCAGCUCUCAUCUGAUUCUUCUGAAGAGGAGCAGGAGGCGGCCGCCGCCACAGAUGCGAUGGCAACAGUAACAAAAUCAGAGACAUCCCAGGUGCAGGCCCCGUCACAGUCCCAUGGGAACCCCCUAAGCCCUGGCUCCUCUCCAGGCCCUGCUCGCUCAUGCAGUCCUCAGCAUAUACACUCGGACUCGCACAACAGGGAAAGAGCAACGGAGAGUCACUCCCCUUCCUCCCGUGGGCAUCAUAUGCAUCGUCACCAGCAUCGAUCCAGGGAGGGUUCACGGUCACGUUCACAGGGAAAUCAAGAUUGUUCUGGGUUUAGCUGUCAUAAGAGGCAAGACGACUCGCAUCGGCGGUCGGACAGCAAGGAGAGUGACAAGGGUUUGGAACGGUCGCAGCACGCAAGCAAUCCAGGGCGCUCGCCAAGUCAAACAAUUUUACACCAGAGCUGGUCAGGCCAGAGUCCAACGAUGUCCAUUUGGAGUGGAAACGAAAGCUCACCCUUCAGAAACAACGCGAGCAGCGACAGGAGCCAAGAGCGCUCACAACAUGUGAGCGACAGAUGCUCGCAAUCUCCUUCGGACUGGGAGAAAGAGCGAGGGAGGACUAGAACAAGGAAAAGGACACGUAGGUCUGCUGACUUGGAUUCCUUUCUUGGUAUCCACCAUCCCCGCCGUCGCUCUCGCAAGUCGCAACGUUGCCGUAAGCGCCGCAGACGGUCCAUCAGCAGCAGCAGUAGUGAUGAUUUGCACUUAGAAAGAUUCUGCCUGGACAAACCCAGCGGCAAACGCAAGUACAAAACCCGCCACUUAGAGCGAGCUGCCCAGCGGCAGCACAAGGAGGGAACUACAUCCAAGGUAAAACGGCCAGGACACAGAGGACGACGGCACAGCCGGGAAUGCCCACAAAGUCGGAGCCCUAGUGUGGAGAUUAUCUAUGAACGAAGUGUGCCUGACAUGCAUUGGCACCAGCGAAGGAAGAAGAGGCACCGGAAAAGGCGGAGGGAACAGCGUUCACCUACGGUGAUCACUAUUGACAGUGACAGCGAUCGUACCAUUGACUGUCUGGACCGUGUCAUGGACAUUAUAGACAAAACCGCAUCGGGUGGUGAUGAUGAUGAGCAGAAGGACGAUUCUGCUCAGCAAGGUAUUGGUGCAACUUUGCCCUCUACGAAUACUCUUCUAGAGUCCUCAAUCCCUGUAAGCCGCAGUGACCAGGUCUCUCCUGACCAUAUGCUAGACCUGGAUGACUGUGUGGUGGAUGUAGUUGACCAUAACAGUUCUGAUGCUCUCAACUGCACCCAGAAUACAGACACCAACAGUUUGCAUGCAGAUAACCUCUUGGAGUCUGUGCCAGACCCUUUCUCGGUGGUUUCAGUGGCGACGACCCCACCGUCGGACACAGGGUUGCUAGAAUCUAUUUUGCAAGAUCUUAAAGAAUUUCUACCGGGAUUAAACCAAGAGGCAGACCAAAACCACUUGUGAGUCCUCUUGGAAGUACUCUUAGCCUCCAAGAAAACACUGUUAGCCCUCAAAGGGACCAAUCAAACAUAAGAGGAGAAGCAGAUGGCUUAGAAAGCAAGGGCACGGACAAGAGGCCAACACUGCUUGCUAGAACUCAAACUCAUGGACUGGUUCCAGCCACACUGUAAUUAUGCUUGUCUGAAUGCUUAGCCAGAAACUUGUGUUGCUUUUUAUAGACUCAAAGAUUGCUUAAGACAUUUUUUUUUGUCAUUUGCAAUGUUAUUAUUAUUAUUAUUAAUGUUGUAUUUAUAGUUUUCCUCAGCCUCGAACCUGGUGCUUACUCACUGUGCCACAGCCUGCUCUUAAAACAACAAAAACCCAACAAUGGUCUUGUCUAGAUGGUAACGCUCAUGCUGCUAAACUCAUGCAAGAUUUACCCCAACUUCCAUCCUAAAGGCCAAAGUAUAAUUUGGUUAUUCACAUGCCAGGAUGUCUUGCGCACAGUGUGUAUGAUGCAAAUUUCUUUGUUACAGUAUGUCGUUGACUGUGCUAUAAGAGUGUCACAAAGCAGUCAUAGUGCGCCUAUUAAGCGCAUGCUGAAAAACAAGGUAUACCCUAGCAUUAAGGGGUCGUUUAUUCAGGAUAUGCUCUCAAUACAUGUCAGCUCUUAAUUGUCCUGUGUAAACAGCCCUGUGAGAGUUUCAGCAUCACAAGGAUUACCAUCUAGGCCAGGGGCGUCAAACUCAGUUCCUGGAGGGCCACAGUCCAGCAGAGUUUAGCUCCAACCCCAAUUAAACACCUGAAGCAGCUAAUCAAGGUCUUCAGGAGUGCUUGAAGAUUACAAGGAGGCAUAUUGGAGCAGGGCUCUGCAGGACUGCGGCCCUCCGGGAACUGGGUUUGACACCCCUGAUCUUGACAUUCCCUUGAAAAACCCCUUUUAACCUUUUGGAGAAUUGUGUCUUUGUUAAACUCAGGGAACAGGUGAAGUGCAUCCAUGCUUCUGGUACGCAGUAUGCGUGUGUGCUUGCGUAUGUGGUAAUAUAGACACCCUGGAGAAAUUGUUCACUGGUCAUGUCUUCUGAUCACACAAGCCUUGUCAUGUCAGCAAUCAGUCAAUAAAUUCAUA